AUGGGAUUCCCGGGGCCUUGGAUUGCGCUGAUUGAGAGGUGUAUUGGCACUUGCUGGUUCUCGAUCCUUGUUAAUGGCGCCCCGGCAGGUUUCUUCAUAUCCACCCGCGGGCUCAGGCAAGGCGACCCUAUUUCCCCUGCCCUUUUUGUCUUGGCUGCAGAUUAUCUUUCACGUUCUCUUGACAGACUCAUUCUUGGGAACAAAGAAAAGACAUUCAAAGCUACACGUGGAAGCUUGGAGAUCAGCCACCUCACAUAUGCUGACGACAUAAUUAUUUUCACUCAAGCGGCUACGGCAUCCCUCAGGAGACUAAGAGCUUGUCUUGACCACUAUGCAGAGGUAUCGGACCAAUUAAUCAAUCUCGCCAAGAGCAACUUCUACAUUGUCGAAGCGCAUGAAGGGUGGUCGAACACAAUCCGAGUGGAGGGGGGCUUCUCUAGAGGUACCUUCCCAUUCCUAUACCUUGGGGUCCCUAUUUACCGUGGUGUGAAGCGUUCGGAUAUGUUUAUGUUCCUUCGGAAAAAGAUCGCGGCUAGAAUUUCUGGUUGGGCACACCGUCACCUCUCUUUUGGGGGGAGAGUCACAUUGAUCAAGAGCACGCUUGAGGUAGUCCCUUUCCACAUAUUCCAAGCGAUUGAGCCUACUAUUGGAACGCUCAAGCAAUUGGAUCAACAAAUGGCCCGCUUCUUCUGGGGUUCGACUAGUGAGAAGAAAAGGACACACUGGAUUGGCUGGGAUCAGAUUUGCCUCCCCACAGCCGAAGGGGGGCUCGGUAUCCGCAAUCUUAAAGAGGUACUUCGCGCUUUCAAUAUUAAACUUUGGUGGAGAUUCCGGGAACAGAAACUCCUUAUGGGCAAAGUAUAUGUUGGCCAAAUACUGCCAAAAGGCAUCUCCACUCACAACUAG